GCUGAGAAGCGCGGCACGGGUAUUUAUCGAAGACCAUAGAGGGUCCGCUGUACCCCGCUUCACUUUUCUUGCAGCCAAGAGUCAGUCAUCAAGUCAACACGUCAAGGAGCAGUCGCUAUGCUAUCGUUAUUGGAUCUCCCCCUCGAGCUUCGGGAACUCAUCAUCGAGCUGGUUUUGAAUAGCCAGCGCAUGCCGCCUGCAGCACCAUCCCAAUCCAACCGAGGGGAUUUCCGUGACAUCAAGUACAGGGCAUGGCGCCAUGACAUCUAUUACGAGCGACGGCAAAGCCACUGUCCCAACAACGCGAGUGGCCUCAUCCUGACCAACCACCAGCUCUCGGAGGAGACUCUGGCAGCCCUGGACCGCAUCUCGUCUACGCCAUACAUCCUGGACCUAUCGGUCCUCCAUGAGGUCGAGCUGUACCCCACCUGGCUGUCUGUGCCGCGACUCACGCACCGAGUCUCGACGCUACUUGUCAACGUCCGUCUCUUUGGCCAUAUUCUGUCGCGCGCCGCCGCUCGCUCCCAAGUUGGGGCCGGUGGUCAUCUAGGAUUCCAAUGGAGCUUCUACGCCUUGCUCGAGCGGUUCCUCCGGUAUGGGCCCGUGGAUGAAAAAACAAGCCGAAGAGAAGUGGGUCCCUCCUCCGCAAGUCCCAUGUACGCCGACCGGGAUGUGACCGUGAAGACACUAGUGCUCGACUUCCAGUCCGCAGAAUCAGAACUCUCCUUCCCACCGGACGAAGUCGACUACCCCUGGUGGCGUGAUCGCCAUCACCUGCGGGAUCCUCUUCCUGGAACCCAGACUGGAGUCGCUUUUGAGUUGUCUAACCACAAGGCCCGGCCCGAAUGGUUCGCAAAAUAUCUGUUAGGGUAUAUCUAUGGCCUUCUCGGGAUGGGUUACCACACGGCAGAAUAUGGCAAGAUCCUCUACGAGCGGAUUGGAACUAUCAAGGUUCUCGUGAAUGGGGAGCCGAACGCGGAGAUUGAUCUCGCCGGUCCAUUGGCACGCCUGCACUUCUCUCACGUGCGAGAUACAUUCGGCCAUGUCUCAACAGAGAGGCGACUGUCGGCAUUUUGGGAUUGGAAGAAGGAGACCUUAGCACGAAGGGAACAGCUGGGAUUCCGGGUGGUGUGGCUGCAUGAUCCCGACUUUGCGUAAGCAUUCGUGAGAAAUAUCUCAAUGUAUCAAUGUACUUAAGCAAAUGGUGAAACGUGCAUAGCCGUGGUGUUGUUUAGCGCAACUUCAGCUAUUUAUAGGCAUUGGGAUUCAGGCAUAGACCUUACCUUCAAUCGAUCUGGAGGCUGCUCCCUGGCCAUACAUUUCAGUCCGCUUCCAUGCGCUUCUUGUAGAUGGGUCGUCGUACCCCACAGAAGAUGUCUAAGAAAGAAGCCGAAUUUCUAUUUAGAUUUCAUGUGUCCAAAGAUUAAAGUUCGUAGAGAUACCUAUAACCGACCCCUACACCAGUUCUGCGGUCAGUGAUAGAUAUUCAGCAGCUGCCAGGACAAGGAUCGCGUGCGCGCAUACCGC